AUGAGUCUUCAAAAUAACUUGGUAUUCGUGGAUGAAUGUGGAAAAGAGUUAGAUGAAAGUGACAUUAUAAAACUUAUAGGGGAUUGUGACAGUGACAGUGAUUGUGACUUGUUUGAGGAGAGUGGUUGGAGUGAUGAUGAUGAUUUGGAAGGGAGCAGAAUUCAACUUGCAUCUUCAAUCGUGCCUGCCCUCUCACCUACACCGAGUGAGGAAGCUGACGACCCUAGCUUUCCUGACCCUAGGCCUAAAAGUAAACCUGUUAGGGGCAGGUCUAGAGGAAGAGACAAUAAUAGGAAACCUGUGAAUGAUAAACUGUGGAAGUUAAGGUAUGUUAUUGAGUACAUGAACAGGAAGUUUUCCCAUCUGUACAUACCUGAUGAAAACAUAGCUGUCGAUGAGAGUCUUAUGAAGUUCCGAGGGAGGUUGGGCUAUGUUCAAUUUAAUCCUAAGAAGAGAGCCAGAUUUGGCAUAAAGUUUUACAAGUGUUGUGAAUCUGGAAGUGGUUAUUGUUCUAAAUUUAAGAUCUAUACUGGAGCUGAAGUCAAAGAAAAUGUACCGGUUGAAGAAGGAAGUGGGGAUUCUACACAGGAGGAAAAGCUGUUAACGAGUGAGGCGAUAGUCGUUGAAAUGACAAAAGAUUUGGCAGGAAAAGGACAUACUCUGACAAUAGAUAAUUGGUAUUCCUCACCUCUUCUCUUCUAUAGACUUAAGCAAAUAGGUUUCAAUGUAAUUGGAACAGCUAACUGGUGGAGAUCAAACAUGCCAGAGAGCUUCAAAGAGGGUAAACUUAAGUUGGGCGACUACGAGACAGCCUAUAGCCACAAUAUGUUAGCAGUAAGGUGGCAGGACAAGAAGCAAGUUUGCAUUUUGUCUACCUUUCAUCAAAAAGCUGACAAAAGAUCAACUGGCAAGAAAGACAGAGUUACCCAAGAAAUUAUAACAAAGCCAGAACCAGUGAUCUACUAUAAUCGUUCAAUGGGUGGAAUUGACCGCGAGGAUCAGCAAUUAGCGUCGUUUCCUAGUAUGAGGAGGUAUGCUAAGGGAUACAAGAAGAUCUUCUUUUACAUAAUGGACAUUGGCCUUUUUAACUCUUAUGUAGUGUUCAAAAAAUUAACCAGAAAAAAAUUGGGGUUUAGUGAGUUCAAGGAGAGGUUUGUCAAGCAAAUGUUUGAGUCGCGACAACUGCCACCGUACAAUCGAAGAGGACGAUCAUCCAACUCAGAAACACCUCUGAGGCUCCAGGCAGCAACUUGGGGACAUUUUCCUAGGCCUAUUCCUCCAAAUGAAGUCAAACAAACACCUUCAAGAAGAUGUAAGGUGUGUAGUGCCCAGGGAAAGCGCAGUGACAGCCGAUGGGAGUGUGAGCUCUGCCUUGUCGCACUUCACAUGCCAGAGUGUUUCAAGGCAUACCACACCAAAAUGAACUUUGCUUGA